AUGUCUGCCACGCCGAUCGAGGUGCUGGCGAUCGCCUCUUUUGAUGGAACUGAUGACGAUGAGCUUGGCUUCAGCCUCGGCGAUACGCUGACCGUGAUCGACAAGCCUUCCGAUCACUGGUGGCUGGCCCGCCAUCGCAAUGAGGCCGGUUUCAUCCCCUCCACCCAUGUCCGGCCCAUUUCCGAGGUCCAGUUUUGCCAGGCACUGGCUCCGCUGGACUCGGCCGGCGAGGGGACUCUGCACCUGGACAAGGGCGACGUGGCACUCUUCCUAACCACGGAUGGUCUUCUCCUGAUCCUCAAGAACGGCCUGACGGGCUCUUUCCAUGGCCAUUCAAUCAAACUCUUCCCCAGUGGGUAUGUCCCGGGCUCUGGGCCACCACCUGGAGAGGAGGACGAUGACGCCCCCGAUGGUUAUGGCGAUGUGGCUCCCGAGCCAGAGGAGGAUGUCGACAGUGGUGGCAGUGGUACUGCUGGUUUCGGCUCCCCCCCGGCUCCUCUUCCUCGGCCGACCCCGGCCUCGCGUUUCUCGCCGCCCCCAUCGGCGACGGCUGGCUUCGCCGGGCCACCGCCGCCGGUGGCUCCCCGCCCGGUUCCUGCCUCCCCCCCUCCCGAGGAGGAUGCCAUCGAUACGUCUACUCCACCGAAUCCGUUCACUUCCCUGCGGAGGGCUCCCUCGGUGGCUGCGCGCCCGAAGCCCCCUGCCGAAUCACCUUCCGACCCUGAUGAGCAGCCUCAGAUGCGCAACAUGUCAGCCGCUUCCGUGCAAAAUCGCAUGACCGUCCGUUCGCAGUAUUCGCCCUCUGGUGUGCUGGUUCCGGUGCUCGUUCCUCCCGGGGCCAAUGCCGGGCCGGACAAUGAGCUAUUGGCCAAGCUCAACCGCCGGCGUUUCGAUGAUGAUGAUUCAGAUGCCCCCUCUUCCGGGCCCCCCUCGUCUGCUGGGAGCCCGGGCCUGGCCUCAGCGUCUGGUGGCAGCAGCGGCAGUAGCAGCAGCAGCAGCAGCAGCGGCUUUUCCUCUCCACCAGCCGCCUUUUCUCGUCCACCGGCCGCGGCCCCUCCCUCGGCGACGGCAUCGCAGCCGGCCCCUUCGGCGAGUACCAAUGAUGAUGCCUCGAACGGCAAUUCCGGCGACUCCUCCGGCCGCGGGCGCUUCUUCGGCUUCAACAAGAUGUCCUCGCUGACAGGUGGCCUGCCAAAGCCGGCCCCGAAGCCGGCCCCCAAGCCCAAGCCCUCCGAUUCUGGCAACGCCCCCGAGUCGACGGCCAAGCCCGACUCUGACAAGCCCAGUGGGGGGAUUGCCCUGCCGUUUGGCGCGCGGUCGCUAUUUGGUGGCCCCCCGCCGACGGGCACCAAGCCUCCUGCCGGGGGGCCGACCGGCGCAGGCGCUGGCGGUUUCUCCGGCCCACCGCCGCCCAUCGGCCGCAAGCCCAGCACCGCGGCCACCGCGACCGCCCCCCCGUCCGAUGGUCAGCCCUCCUCCCCUUCGACCGGUGGUCCUCAGAACCCCCGGCUGCGGCAUCUGACGGCGGACCGCGCGCGGAGUGCCCAGCGUCGGCCGCCGUCGGUGCGCGGGGCGGCCGCGGCCGCGGCCGCGGAUGCCGCCAACAAGCCCACCCCCGGAGCCUUCGGUCCGUCGGAUACUGCCCCCAUUUCCGGAUCGACCAGUGGGAAGCCCACUCCCGGGAGCAAGCCACGCGCGCCGGUCCCCGCUGCGGCUGCCUUUGGUGGCCCGCCGCCGUCGUCGACCACGACGACCGCCGCCGGCCCCACGACCGCAUCUGCCGCUGGUGCUGCUGCCUCUUCUGGGGAUUCUCCCUCGCGGGCGAGGAGCGCCAGCCGGCCUUCCCUCGGGUCGGCCACCUCGACCGAGAGCCUGUCUGCGGAGCAGCUGGAGUCGGUCGUCUCCCGGGAGAUGGCCGCUCCUCUGGCGGCCAUCGACAACCUUCGUCGCAAGCUCGAGGAGGAGAAGGCGCGCUCGGAAGCCCUGGCCAAGCAGGUUGAGGCCAGCAAGAAGAGCCACGAGACGCUGAUUACCAUGCUGAACUCCAUGGCGCAGGAGAAGCACGAGCUGGCCAAGAAGGUUGCCUCCAUUGAGGCGAAGAUGGCCUUCGUUGUGGAAUACCUGAACGGCGUUGGGGCACACAUCCCGCUGAACAUGUGAGAGACUAUGGAGGCUUUUCGCCCGCGGGCCUUCUUCCCUCGCCGCCGCCGCCGCCGCCGUCCCCUUUCCUUUCUCGUCGAAUGAACAGCUCCACC